AUGGAAGGAAGAUUAUCAGGUGUGAGGAAAGGAGCAUGGAGUCAAACUGAAGAUGAACUUCUCAGAGAAUGCGUGCAACUCUAUGGGGAAGGAAAAUGGCACCUUGUUCCUCAAAGAGCAGGGUUGAACAGAUGCAGGAAGAGUUGUAGGCUGAGAUGGUUGAACUAUUUGAAACCAAAUAUCAAGCGAGGUGAUUUUAGUGAAGAUGAGGUCGAUUUGAUCAUCAGAUUGCAUAAGCUUCUGGGGAACAGGUGGUCUCUGAUCGCAGGAAGACUUCCGGGAAGAACUUCGAACGAUGUGAAGAAUUACUGGAACACCAACAUGCGCCGCAAAGUACAAUCUCACAGCAAAGAUGAGGAGAACAACGACAACGUGAAAGAAUCCGAAAGAAGUUGGAAACCCCACCAAGUGAUAAAACCUGUGCCUCGAGCUUUACCAAAAGCAUCACCCUUGGUGCAAAGCCAAUUCAUGAGUUGUUCGAAAGUUGGUGUUAGUGAAGCUGUUUCAGCAGCCUCUGAGAAUUGGUGGGAAACUCUGUUAGAUGAGAAUGAAGAUAAAAUUGCAGUUAACGACAGCACGUGCUUCCCACGUGCAAAAGAUGGAUCCUUUGAACUUUGGAAUGAAGAACUUGGUUCCAUUGCUUCUGAGUUUCUUGCAGAAGGUGAAACAUGGAGCGAUUUUCUUCUUAAUUAA